AAAUACGCGAGAGUGAAAUUUACCUUUUAUAGCGGUCGAGCAAUUUACAGCCCGUAAUAGGCACAUCAAUAUUCUAACUUUUACCAUUCUGCAUAGUCGUGUUAAUUUACGAGGGAAAUAUACACUCUCGUUAUUACGUGGUCCCGGGGUUAACAUGGAGCGGAAGGGAUCGUAGUGUCUUCUGUAGCGUCCUUGGUUACCGUGAUACUUACAACGUUAUCAUUAGUGGUGUUCCGAAAGGUCUUCGCGCAAUGUGGCAAAAUGAAAACACGAUGAAUAAUUAAUACUCAGAGACAACAUAAAGUCGCCGAGGGACAUAGCACUAUAGUAUUAUAUUAUAUGCAUAAUUUUCCGUCCAACAGAGAAAUUGUGACCUUUUCAUAGCCUCAUUAUAUUCUAUUGUGAAUAUCACAAUCGGUGAACCAUCUUUGACGAAAUAUUAAUAUUUGGGGAAAAUAAUUCAGAAAAAUUCAUAAUGGCUCCGGAUAUUCAAGAAAGAGGGAAAAGAAAACGAGUUUUAAUUGGUGCAGAAUAUACUAGUCCUGGACCCGCCCAGUACCAGCUUCCCACAACCGUAGGACAGAAUGCAAAUGACAAGACAAAAAGGUCCACACCCUCUUUCUCAUUUGGGUCUAGGCACUGGGAAUUCAAAAAAGAGGGUCCUGGGCCAGCUUAUAACAUCGACAGUUCAUUGACGUCUAGGGGGAGGGACAUCAGACCCUCCUUCUCCAUGCUGGGGCGUGCCAAAACACCAAAGAGAGAUGUAAGUCCGGGACCCGGGGCAUACAAUACAGACAGAGCACCCCUCAAGGAGAAAAAUGCCCCUCACUACUCCAUAAGUCCACGAACGUCUCCCCGUCGCGUCGACGUUACCCCAUCACCAAACAUGUACGCCCUACCCUCAACGAUAGGACCCAGGGUCCCAGACAGAAAAGGAGGAACACAAGCUGCCUUGCUCGGUAGAACAAACUAUUUGGAUUUUUCAGCCGAUCUUGCGAAAACACCUGGACCUGCCAAAUAUGGCGCCCUUCCUCCCUCGCAGACAAAAAGAAGAGCACCGUCGUACAGCCUGGGUGCGCGGGCUAAAACACCAAGGGACAUUAACAACGUUCCAGGGCCCGGGAAAUAUAGCCCAGAACAUGUAACAGCCCAUUUAGACACCAGUCCAAGAUAUCAUAUAGGUGUUCGCCAUUCUCAGUACAUCAUGCCUGCUGUACCGUUAGCAAAUGUUGAUUGAUGGUAUCGAAUUUAGCACAUAAAUAUUGAUUAUAUUACACUGAAAGUUCAAAACAUUUAUACAAUUUGCAAAUUAUCUAGCAUUAUUUGAUACAACUUUGUUUCAGCCACUAUUAAAAUAACUACCGCUAUUGAUUUGCAUUCUCAACCACUAUUGAAAUAAUUAUUUCAGUAGUGGGCGCAACAUAUAUUUUGUUAGGGGUUGCAACACAGCCUACCAACUAAAUUACUUCACUUUAUUUAUGUUUGCGUGUUUUAUGCUUUACGUACUGAAACACUUUGUAUGCUUAAAUCUCCUAUGGUUUUGAGUCCAUAACAGCUUCAGUUCCUCCUACAGCUUACAUGCAAACGAUUGGUACAAGUACAUUUUAUAGUGGUUUAGAAGAGUAAAGGAAACAUUUCUCUUUUUAACAAAUGUAUAAAACAAUACUUACAUCUAUGGACAGUGGCUCACCUCAACAACCCCCCCCCCCCCCCCCGAAAAAAUCCCGACAAUACACAAGAAGACGGAUUAUUUUUAUAUGCAUGAAUAUUGUCAGGAUUUUAAAAAUUUUUUUGGUAGUUUUGACCUGAUUCUAUGAAAAAUAGUCUGUGAGGGAAAAAAGCCUGAUAUGUCCUGCUUAAUUUUUCAAAGCUAUGAAAAUGUAAACUUUUCUCUCUCUCUCUCUCUCUCUCUCUCUCUCUCUCUCUCUCUCUCUCUCUCUCCGGUCUUACUUUUAUAAAUUCUAGCUGAUUCUGUGAUAUUGUUCAACUGGAGUAUUGUUGUUGAGGAGUUA